CCGGUGACCAGGAAGCCAACGCUUCACGCGCACACGUGACACCUGGGAAAACUUCUAAUAAAGUUUUUCUGGGGUGUUUUGUGAGUGUGUGGGGUUUUUUGGCGUUUGUUUUUUUUCACAUUGAUUUUCAAUCCGUUAUGGCCGAAGCCCGUCGUGAGGAUGAGGAAGAGGAAGAGGGGGAGCGCACGGAUCUGCGAGGCGUCCCGUACAGGAAGCAGGCAACAGCUCAUCCUGAAAGAACCAAGGCAGAUCAUUCAAGCCGAGGGCCUCUGAACUCGAUACGAGCUGCUAUCAAACGAACAAGCACAAAGUCUCAGAGCGACGGCACCAGAGAAAGGAGUCGGCCAGAGAUCACCAUCCUCUCAGCACAACCUCUGGCCAGUAACAAGUGGUUCUCAGGGAACCCCACGGUUUUCCCUCGUCCCCCUCAGCCAGGCUGGUCUGCCGGCAUCCAGGCAGGUCCCCAGGUAGUCCUCGUCGGAGACUGUUUUCAAUCGGUGAUCCGAGAGAAGACCCAGGAGGAGCACGUUGUCAAGCCCACUGCGGCCCCCCGUCGGACCGCCUGCACCGCCACAAGUGCCACGCAGACCGACCCUGUAUGGGAGGACACCUGCGCUGCUGCUCCACAGUCCUUAAGAAAAAGACCUGCAGGUAAAAAGCCACAGAAACCGCCGAGGCCGUCACCACCAAAACCCGUGGACAGAGGACCAGUGGGUACCAAUACCAGACUACCGGCAAACGCUGAGGAACCAAGUGACGCCCAGUCGGAUGUAAAGCAACCGCACCGGUCCGGUUCCACCCGCGGUGGAUCUGUCACUGUACACUGGGACUUUCCUCCCUCCUUCGCCGCCUCUGAAACUGCUCCCUCUUCCCCGGGCCCAGAACCCCCUCGUCGACCCGUUCCACUGCCUCGCACCAAAUCCCGAAAGCAGGCGGUCGUGCACGAGGUGAAGGUCCAGACUUUGGUCGAGCUCAAUGAACCUUGUGCCAGCGUUCGAUCGGAUCCAGAGGAGGUCACCUCCUGCAAGUAUUUAAAGGACUUAUUGGAGGUCUUCGCUGCUAACGAGUGUCAGGAGAACAGCGGCGACGCCAACCAGUCAGAGGAGGCCUCGCAGGGGGAGGACGCAGGUGUCAAGAUGAACGGCAACCUUAGUCAACGCAAUAUCCGGGCCAGGAUCCAAGCAUUUGAGACCCAGGCUACCACCGAGGAGGGAAACGCCGCGGAGUUGGCCCAACCGGAAUCCGCCCCCAGGAAGGCGCCCAGCAAACCUCCAGUUGCCGCCAAACCUUCCGUCUCGCUUAAACCGCAGUUAAACAACAAUGUAGACUAUCGAAACGCAUCGUUCAGAAAUGCCCCCAAAGUCCCCGUUCCGUCCCCCGGACCGGUGAAGGAGGAACUGGAGACUUUAUUCAACAACAGGUCGCGUCCUUCUGUGUUGACCAGAGAAAACAGCAUCCAUGGAGAGGGCGUAGCACCGGUCCCCCCUUCCCCUGCAGUGAAGUCUUUUAAGGAAGCCCUGAAACCCAACUUCAACAUAAAUAACCAUAACUCCACCUCUAUGGCCACAGAGGAUCUGUAUUCGGACAUUUCAUCAAAUCACAUCCCCUUCAAACCUCAGCACAGUGUGGACAUCAACGGAGGCUCUUCAACCAGACAAAGUCUAACACGGAGGCCGACCACUAUCAGGGUCCCCAGCCAAACCGGGUCACCUUACUCUGAGGACAGCUCCCCUCCUCUUCCUGCUCAGAAGCCCAAGGGCUCCCCAAACCCCCAAAGGAUCAACAAACCAAGCCAGACCCCCGCCUUCCCACGGCAGGAGUCUUUCACGUUUGGGCAGGAACCAUCAUUACCACCUCGGAGGCUGACUACGAGCAAAACCCUCCCCCCCCGCCCACCUCUGGCCAAAACGGGCCCAGGAAGACCGGCCCCGCCCAUCACCCAGGCCAUAGGUCGAUCCCAGUCGCUGUACUCGGAAACUCCCCCAAAACCGCAGAUACAACAGACACAAAGGAAAAGAAGUGUUGUGCCCCCAAGGCCCAACCCCGGCCACAGCCUCUACAACAAAUACACGCUUCAACUUCCUCAUGGGAUCGCUGCCUUCGACUACAAUGGGAAUAACGCGGGAGAACUGUCGUUUCAGAAAAAUGAGGUGCUCCUGCUGCUAGACGAGAUUGACCACAAUACGUUCCAGUGCCAAGUCGGGGAAACCAGAGGCGGAGUACAAAAGUCUCACAUGAUGGUCAUAACUCCUCUUUCCUCCUCCUCCUCCUCAGACGCAGCCCCACCACAGGAUGCCGGUUCAGGUGACGCUGGUUCUGAGCUCAAAGUGCAGGCCACACAUGACUUCAAUCCAGAGGGUCCAGGAGAGCUGGGCCUACGAGCAGGCGAUGUAGUGACCAUGGUGGAGCAGCUGGACAGUCAGUGGUACAGAGGCACUUGCAGGGGAUCUACCGGUUUCUUUCCCAUCAAUUAUGUCAAAGUCCUGACAAAUUCCCCAAAACCGCCCCGCGAACAGAAAGCAAGACCAUCGUCUACAACAGUCAGCGGUCCGAGAUGCGUGGCGAAGUUCGACUUUGAGGGCAACACCAGCGAGGACGAGCUGUCGUUCUCUGAGGGAGACGUGAUCCAGCUGAAGGCGUACAUCGGAGAGGAGUGGGCCCGGGGACAGAUCGGCGCCUCGACCGGCCUCGUCCCUCUCAACUUUGUGGAGAUCAUCGAAGAUCUGCCCCCACCCACGAGUCUGCAGAAGAGACAUUCCAUCGGAAUACCAAUGCCCGCAGGCAUGGCGUCCUCUGCGAGCACGCGCGCUGGAGUGGCCGAACCGGCCCGGCCCGGCGUGGAGUGGGCCACGGCCCUGUACGACUACGCCGAGGACUCCGACGGCGACCUGUCGUUCAAACAGGGCGACCGGAUUCUGAUCAGCCGCCACGUGGACGCCGAGUGGAGCUUCGGGCGGGUGGGCGGCAGAGAGGGCGUGUUUCCCCGGGCCUUCGUCGAGAGCGACGCAGCAGGUCAGCAGAGUGGAGCGGCUGCUGGAAGUAGAGGAAGGGCCAUGUUUGACUUCACGCCAGAAUGUGACGAGGAGCUCAGUCUGCAGGCUGGGGAUAUAAUCACUGGUCUGGAGACGGUUGAUGAAGAGUGGUUCCUGGGAAACUUGAGGGGGAAACGUGCUCUGGUCCCUAGAAACUACGUGCAAGUACUGGAGUAGGGAGACGUCACACUGGACGACAACUGAACUAAGCAGGUUUCCAGCAGCGGGAGCCUGAACUGUACAGGGAAUGAGUUAUUUCCUCUCCACUUGAUGUCUUAACUUAUACAUGAGGGCUUUUCAUGACUAAACGAAUAAAGUAAAGCUGGUUUGCAAUUGAAAAA